GAUUAGAAGGAUUACGAGCAGCAAUAUUUAAGCAGACAGAGAUGAUUUCAAGUGGCAAACUGCUGCAGAUGUAUAAAGAGUGACAGAGAAGAUAUUUUCUUUUUAUUUUCAAAUAACAAGAGAUUUACAGCAGGAGUCUGUGCUACACCUGGCGGAAGAUGCAGUUGGUUGUCUUUGUGGUGGUGCUAGCCCUGGGGAAGGGAUGCUUCAGCUGCCACCUGAAAAACGUCAGCAUCCCUAUGGAGAGAUGCGGUCAGAAAGUGUGCAUCCACACCACAAUCUGUGAAGGGCUGUGCUACUCUCAGGACCCUGUCUUUGAAAGCCCUGAAGAGGCACCUGAGCAUAAGAUCUGCAAAGGGGACUGGUCCUACGAGGUGAAAAACAUCGAGGGGUGUCCGGGAAGCAUCACUUACCCCGUGGCUACAAAAUGCAACUGUUCCACAUGCAACACAGAGGACACAUACUGCGGCCGCUUUUAUGGCCACAUACCCAGCUGUUAAACUACUCCUUAGGUCAGCAAACGUAUACUUAUUAUUGUACCUCUUUGUCUGACACUGAAAUAAAAAAAGAUACUGCUCAUAUUUCUGUUUAUUUUUUCUUUAUGAACACCAAUUGUUUUAAAGUGCCUUAAACCAGAAUGAUUGGCCUGGUGCUUUAUCAUCAUCAGAAGUAAGAGAUUGAAUGUCCGAGUAUCGGUUUCACCUUUCCUCCCAAACAAGGUGACCAACUCUGAAAGUGCCGUAAUUCUACUGGUCAGUUUUUCAUUCUGGCAAAAUGGUUCACAGAAGGGAAAAUAAAAAAGGCUUGCCUCUUUUUGACAGGUGGAAAUGAAAAUAUACGGCCUGCAGUAUUUCUAAAAGCUCCACUGGAGUCCCUGUUCCUCACUGGCUCUUCUCCAGGGGUGCCGCUAAAUGCAGAAACAGCUUAGUAAGCCCAAAACAUGUAUAUCUGUAAUGAACUUGAAACUUCCCUGGAAUACAGCAUUGCUUUGGUAGAUUUUUAUGCUUAGCAGAAAAAGCUUCUUUUCGGGUCGUGUAAAUUAACGGUAUAGCAAGUUAUUACUGCUCUAAAUAAAAAAUCAUAUUUCA